AGGAAAUUAAAACAUAAUUACUGCGUACACUAAUAUUGUGCAACUAUGCAAGUAACUAGGAUUGUCGUCCAGUCUGACUAUUUAAAAUUUGACCCAUUUCUGACUGUUCCCUUAGCUAGAAAGAUACCUACAGAUAUAUGAGUACAAUUCAAAAUGAAAUGCAUUUCUUAUUGGCUAUUCCUGAUGCUGUGUACAGUUGUAAUCUCGGACUAUGUGGCAGCGGAAACCACUCAUGGAUGCAAAUCUCCGGCGAUCAUCAACGCUAGUUCGGGAAGCAUUGAGUCUCCUUAUUACGAUUUCUACCCAAAUCAGACGUACCCUUUCAACCUGCGAUGCAGGUGGAUCAUACAAGGAACAUCUGGCCAGAAUAUUAAACUGACCUUUGGCAGUGGAUUUAGCGUUGGGACAAACCCCACCCUGACCGGACGAUGCGGUACGGACUUCGUCAGGGCACUUUCACCUGAUCUUCAGACCAUAUGCAAUCGAAAUCCCCUGCAGGUGCCUCUUUAUGGAGACCUUUGUGGAAGCGAGCCCCCUUCGCACUUGGUGAUCGGAAACGAUACGGUUGUGAUCGAAUUCUGUACAUUUGGACUUAACAAUUUUCCAUCAGGAAAAAAAGGCUUCCAUUUGCACUUUAACAGCACAACGGAGGAUGCAACAGUCAGUAUCCAACAUCCCGCACCACCCACCACGCCGGCUCCGUCUGAGUGUGAAGACCUGACAUUCGAGCUGAGCGACUAUAAUUCCACUGGUCUUUACAUUGAAUCACCGCGUUUUCCCAACACCUACCCGGAGAACACGAACUGUGUAUGGAAGGUUAAUCUGGAUGCGAAUGAGCCAAGAAACGUACUGGUGAAUGCCGAGUUUUUUGAGCUGGACAAAAACGAUGAGCUGACAAUAAACCAGCAGAAUUCCAUCGACUUUACUUUUUUGACCUUCAAAUUUCUUGGAAAGAAUGGCCCACAGGGAAUUCGUCUGACCGGAAACUUCUUGUUUGUUACGUUUGAUACCGAUGGAGUGGCGGGAAGCGGAAAAGGAUUCCGUAUUCAUUUAAAAUUUUCUGAUUGCUCUUCUGACACGGGAAUAUGUGUCAAUAAUCCCCGUGGAGACGUUUGCUUUACUGAAGACAUGAUGUGUGACGGAAAACGAGACUGUCAAAAUGGAGAGGACGAAAACUGUCCAACCGGAUGUGGUUCGCCAGCAUUUCCACCCCUUCUUAGCACAAAGCAGCAGCGAAUUGUUGGAGGAAUAGAGGCACGCCCACACAGUUGGCCAUGGCAUGUCGCUUUCCGCGCGUUUGACGGUGCCCUCGCGUGUUCUGGAACCAUUAUUGACCACUCUUGGAUUUUGACUUCCAAGGACUGCUGUCAAACGUUGUCCUUUGCAAAUGGCGUCUUUUAUGGGAAAUGGAGCAGUUAUUCAUGUGGGGAACAUGACCUUUUUAAUACGAGAGAGCCCAAUGUUGCAAUUUACUAUAUUGACCAACUGAUUGAAUAUCCGAAUGUUGGAGGAGCUGCAUUCUUUGAUGAAAGUGACUUUUGUCUUGUAAAAACAAAAUCGAAAAUAUUUUUCAAUGAUCACGUGAUGCCGGUUUGUCUUCCAUCCGUAAUUGGCCAUCCAGCGGGCACGGUCUGCUAUGCAACGGGAUGGGGAGCGGCAGAAAAAAACGAAGCAUCACUAAGCCAGGGCGCUUAUACGGACCGUUUGCGCCAAGUUGACUUGACCAUUCUCAGCGAUAAAGUAUGCAGUCAGCAGUUUAAUACUUCCGGUAUUACUCCAGGAGUACUAUCGCAUCCAGCUGCGGUGUGUGUGGAGAGCAAUUCUGCCAAAUCGACAUGCUACGGCGAUACGGGCGGACCACUGGUAUGUCGCAGCAGUACCAAUCUGCAGAGAUGGGAGCUUGUUGGAGUCGUUAAUCGCUGGAUGGGAUGUGUAGUCGAAACCAGCGGAAUGCCCAGCUACUUUUCAAAAGUAUCAUAUGAAUAUGUUUUGGACUGGAUAACGUCCACUGUAUUUCCCUUUGGCAAAUAAAAUCGUUAAGGGUCGUGUGUUUAUUACUUCUAGUGCUAGAUUAUCUACUGUAGCUAUGUAAUAUUCGAUGUAAUUUCGCUAUUAUCUGUAAAAGUGUAACAAUUACAGAUAGCUCAUUAAA